GUGAGAUUAGUUUAAUAGGAGAAUUUCUAUGGGAGGAUACAGUGUGCAUGUGUGAUGAAGAUAUUGAUUGUAUUAGAAUGCUAAAGAAAAUGUUCUUUUAAGUGCAGAAGAGUAAAGAAGAUUUGCAGACAGUGGAUUUGUAGCAAGACUGAAGGACGUGCACCAAGGACAAAGCAAACAGAGGAAUCAUCUGAUAUAGCCUUAAUAUAACCUUUGGAACAAUGUUAAACUCUGUAAUUUCUCAGGCUUUGUCGUGGGUUUAUCCUCUGUUCCUGCUUCUGGUCAUUGUCACUAGUGCUGGGUUUCUUGCAUACUGUGCCUAUGUAAAAUACAUACACAUGAAAUAUGACCAUAUUCCUGGGCCCCCACGGGACAGCUUCCUGUUAGGCCAUAUACCGUCCAUCAAUAAAGCUAUGGAAAACUACAAAGUAGUCCAUGAUUUAUUCUUGCAGUGGUCAGAAAAAUAUGGACCAGUUUACAGAAUCAACAUAUUGCAUCGGGUCACGAUAAACUCAACUAGUCCGGAGGCAGUAAAGGAAUACUUGAUGUCACCAAACUGUCCAAAGGAUCCAUAUGUGUAUAGUCGCCUGUUUUAUUUGUUUGGAAAAAGGUUCCUAGGGAAAGGUUUAUUAACCGACCAAGAUAAUGAUCAUUGGUACAAACAACGCCGUAUCAUGGAUCCUGCCUUCAGCCACACGUACCUGAGGCAGAUGUUUGGAGUGUUCAAUGAAACAGCUGAAAAACUGAUGGAACAGUUAGAAAAAAUAGCAGAUGGGAAACAGGAAGUGAGUUUACAAAAGAUGAUCAAUUCAGUCACCUUGGACGUUAUCACACAGGUGGCAUUCGGUAUGGAUCUCGGUUUGGUAGAGGGAAACAGGACAGCUUUUCCCAACGCAAUUUCCACAGUGCUGAAGGGAAUGACACAUUAUCUUCAGGACCCAUUCAUGCAAUACUUACCUAAGAACUGGGCAUUUGUGCAAGAGGUGCAAAACAGUGCGGAGCUGCUGCGCAAAACUGGCAGGGAAUGUAUCAGACAACGCAAGCAAGCAAUGCUCAACGGAGAGGAGAUCCCCAAGGAUAUCCUAACUAAGAUCCUGGAGAGUGCUGAACAAGAAAAUGGUUUGGAUGACGAGAUCAUGUUGGAUAACUUUAUAACCUUUUUCAUAGCCGGGCAAGAAACAACCUCCAACCAGUUGUCGUUCACUGUUAUGGAACUGACCAGACAGCCAGAAAUAACACAAAGGCUCAGGGAUGAGAUCAAUGAUGUCAUAGGCUUCAAGCGUGACAUCAGCUUUGACGACAUAACCAACCUUCAGUACAUGACACAGGUUUUAAAGGAAUCACUCCGGUUCUACCCACCUGGACCAGGGACCUCACGCUACAUACAAGAGGAUGCAGUUAUUGAAGGCAUCAGAAUUCCAGGAGGAGUGUCCAUUCUUUUCAACACAUAUAUAAUGGGAAGGAUGGAGAAGUUCUUUCCAGAUCCAUUUAAAUUUGACCCAGAAAGAUUUCACCCAUCAGCUCCAAGACCAUAUUUCUGCUACUUCCCAUUUGCUCUUGGGCCUCGUUCCUGUCUGGGGCAAGUUUUUUCACAGCUGGAGGCAAAGGUGGUGCUGAGCAAACUGCUUCAAAGAUUUGAAUUUCACCUUGUUCCAGGCCAGUCCUAUGAAAUUAUGGACACAGGAACCCUAAGACCACGUGAUGGAGUUGUGUGCACCCUAACACCCAGAUAGAUAUCUUCCAAAGAACGCAAUAAAAAAUACAUGUGACAGCAGAAGGUCUAUCAAGUCUGCCCAUAUUUGUUUGUGAAUUGUAGGAUUAGUUAAAGGGACACUGAACCCAAUUUUUUUCUUUUGUGAUUCAGAUAGAGCAUGAAAUGUUAAGCAACUUUCUAAUUUACUCCUAUUAUCAAAUGUUCUUCAUUCUCUUGGUAUCUUUAUUUGAAAAGCAAGAAUGUAAGUUUAGAUGCCGGCCCAUUUUUGGUGAACAACCUGGGUUGUUCUUGCUGAUUGGUGGAUAAAUUCAUCCACCAAUAAAAAAGUGCUGUACAGAGUUAUGAACCAAUAAAACAAGUUUAGAUGCCUUCUUUUUCAAAUAAAGAUAGCAAGAGAAUGAAGAAAAAUUGAUAAUAGGAGUAAUUUGGAUUCAGUGUCCCUUUAAGCCUUAUGAUAGCUAUAGACUUACCCCAUGUGUUCUUCAACUCCCUUUUGGUAUUUGCUAAUUUGCUAAUUUGUUUAUUCUACUAAAAGUUUUAUUUUACGAAUAAAUCACUGAUUAAAGAAGAA